AUGCCUACCGCCAUACUUCAACAGACAACUGGCACCAGUUCGCGGGGAUUGCAGCAACCUCGACCUGGAUCUAACGAAAUCAAAUCCAUGAGAAAAUCAAAGCUGAUGAAGAACCCAGCAUUCAAGUCUAUGUACCAUGAUAUUGAGAAACAUCAACAAGACGUCAAAUUAGCUCAUUUAACUGGUAAACCAAAAGACUUAAUAGAAAGUACAGAAAAGGAUGCUAAAUUCUACAAUAUUUUAUCUAAGAUGCUGUGUGAAGUCAUUCAACAGAGAAGUGACUCGGAACAGAAAGGUGUGCUACAGAAAGUCUAUCUAUGGUAUAAAUCUAACAGACAUGUGUUAUAUACUGGUCCAAGAUUUGGUAAAGAGUAUAAGAAGAAAGAGGCAGAGGCUGCAUUAAAACAAUCUCGGUCGCCACGGAGACAACAAUCUGACAACAGACGGAAAUCUUACGAUAUUGUAUCCCAGCAUUCCAACACUGUGUCUCAUUCUACCAGUAUAUCACAACGAUUCAGAUCUCCACCACAUUAUGACGAGGAAGAACAGUAUGCUGAAAGUUGUGACGAUUUCUCGGUGAAUAGCGUAAACAGUGCCAUUGACCUUGACCUGACAACGGAGGUGGAUUAUGAUGAAGUAUUAAAUCGUGAGAGUGAGUGUGGAGAAAGUGUAGAGGAACAGGAAGUCAUGAUGAUUGAUAUUACUCAAGAACAACCUGUACGUCCCAGACGGACUGGAACUGCCUAUUCUUCACCCCUAUAUUUUAAAGGACGAAAGAUACAGCAACCCGUUAGUCGAGGUCCACAAAAAAUGGUUCACUCCAUAGCCAGUCUGGUUAACCCACACUUAAAUACACCGAGAAUGGGAGAUAACUCUAGUGUAGCUGAUGGAAGUGUCUCGACAGUAGUGUUUCGACCGACGACUGCUCCCAACUCCAGAGCUGAUAUGCUACAAUCGUGGCAGAUGUUUAACAAAGAAAGAACAUACGGUCAAGAUAUUAUAGGUAAAAUGAAUUUUGUUGGACGUAGCGGAACUGGGCUAGAUGUAAGAUAUAAUGCUCAUGAACUGGGUGAAAUGCCUGAACGGAAAACUAAACAGGUCCUUAAAGAGGCAUUUAAAGAGGGUAGGAAACAAACUGAGAAAACAAAGGGAGGUAAGGAGAAUGUGCUAACCAGUCAAACUCUAGAAGAAUUUUAUGAAACAGCUGAUAAAUUCUACCCAGUCAAAGUUCCCAAAUUACAUAUUGAUAUACCACGAUCUGGACAAUCUAGACUCAGGACACCUGUCACUCCUCUUGGUAGAAACUUUAUCCAGUCUGAAAAUAGAUCACCAAGUCCAGUCCACACCAAACCUGACCUAAAACUGGACACUGUGGUCAAUAUGAUAGACAAUGUUACAGAUGAGAUGGAAUUCUAUAAAGAAAAGUUAAUACAGCCACCAGCGUUGGGAUUUCGACGUCCAGCCGUUAGUGAUGUUCCAGUGACACCUACACCAGUUAUGACCCCUGCUAACUUUAGAACAUCCAGUGUGUCAGAGAGAUUCAAUACUCCAAUACAACCACCUAGUUCACUGAUAGCAGAGAACACUUUUGCAUCAAAUAUUUCAACGUCGACACCAGUUCCCCAAACUCCCCUACCAGGAAUAGAUUGGAGAGGAAGAAUAACACCAGAACCAAAUAGAUACAGAUCAAAACAGAAAUUUGGUAAUCAUACGUAUGUUAAAAAGAGUGAGAGACCCUCAUUAAGAUCAGCUGGUGGUGUUACAGCAGGACAUCGACCUAAAACAGCUCCUGGUCCAAUGAAGAGCAAAUGGAAAACAGAACAGGAGACUGACCCAAAUGAACGAGUAUCAGCCCAAGCUUCAAGUCACAUGACCACUAGUGUUAACCAAUCAGAUUUAGACAAUAUGAUGGUCAUUCAGCAUUUAAUCGGGGAUUCCGCUUCUCAAGGAGGAUCUUUGUAUGAAUUUGAUAUGGAGUUUUGGCGCCGAAUGAGGAGAAUGAACCAAUCAGCAGGCAGCCAUUCAACCAAUCAACAACUAGAAUAUCUCUCACUUUUGGCUGCUCAACAACAGGGGGAGGCUACAAACAGAUCAGUGAGUGCUCCAGUAGGCCAUCAUCAAGUUAGUAAAGAUAUAUUCAAGAUGGAGAACCUGCCAGAGAAGAUGUGCUGUUCACCUGCUGGAAUCUCCUCAAUAGGAGAGUACAAUACAGGGGAGAUAAAUGAGGUGGAAGAAGAAUUGAAGGCAUUACACGAUGAUCAAAGCCAAACUGGAGAACAGAAAGAAGAAGCUGAAGUAGUAUACAAUAUGGCCAUUUCUGCCAUUCCAUCAGAAGGUCAAGGCCCCUUACCAGCUAAUCGUAGAGACCACCCACUACAAACCUUGACGAUAUCAGACGCUUGGCAAUAUUCCAUGCAGGGUGGGACCAAGCAGACACCAAUUUCAAGAGCUCAUUCUGCUCAUAGUGCUAAUAAAAGUGUCAAGGGAGGUAACUCUGAAAAGAUACUGAAACAAAGAGCGAGUAACUCUAAACAAGCAUUAAGAACAGAAACAUAUAGCCUGGAAUAUCUGCCAGAUGGAGUCUUACCAAAAGUAGAACGUUCUGCAGGCCGUAUGCCUGGAAAUGUAGAUCCUGUCAUUCAGUUGAUGCAGAUGGCUCAAAGACAGAAAGCCUCCCUUCAUAGAACCCAGCCUGUAAGAACUCCACCAUCUAUUCCGAGUCCGUAUGGUACAUUUGGAGCUCGCUCUCCGCGAUCUGGACAUAAACAGUAUCAAAAGGAGCUGGAAGAGCAUGCCAGGAAGACCCACAGUCCGAGAAGAUUCAUGCAGCAUGUGCAUGAUCUUCGCCAGGGGUUACAGACAGCCCCAGCUGGUACCAUGACGAUAGAGGAAGAGGGGUUGAUGGGAACUCUACAAGUUCAACCAAUGACAGCUGCUGGAGAUUACCUUUACUCCAUAUUAAAGCCACAAUCUGCUGUUCCAUAUUCUCAUUUCCCCACCCCCCAGAGACCCGUUUCUGGAUUUGACAGACAAGUUACGUUUGGUUCAGAACUUACAGAUGGUAUGGAUGAAAUAAGGGUCACUCCGGAUCAUUCCUUACGACAGAAGUUACAAGGUGACCCAGUUGAAAAGGUCAAAGUGCAGAGUUCAAGAUCCGUGGAGUCACCACCCAAAUCUAUCGCUAACAUUGGACGACCUAUUGCUCAAGUUGCUCAGAUACCAGACCCUGAUGAUGUCAUGAAAGCAACAAUGUUACAGAAACAGAUGUCGGCUGCUGUGGAUAUACAAAGAAUAUUUCGAGGGUACGUUGCUAGGGAGAAUUAUAAACUAUUGUUAAAAGAUUACAGAGAAGGAGUGGAAGAUUCUAGAAAAGCUGCUCUUCAAAUUCAGAGACAUUACCGAGGCCACCUGUCUAGGAAGGCCGCCAUUUAUAACAGACAUCCUAAUACAGAGACCCUAGAGUGGGCUAGACAGUAUAGACAGAUAUUGAUAGACAAUGAACACAAACGACAACAAAAGAGAGAGGAACUAGCUGAAAAAAAUGUAAAGAAUUAUGUUAGUGCUGUCAAUAAACUAGAAGUUGUUGGUCCACAUGUUGAUAUCUAUCAAGUGUAUCAUCCAAUGCAUCUUGGGACAUCAAGAGCUGAGUUGAAUCAGGCGGCCGUCGUGAUACAGAAAUUAGUACGAGGCUGGGUGGUCCGACGUAAACUGGAAAAGUUAAAGAGAAAGGCUGUAUGUUAUGGCUCUGUAUUUCCCACCAUGGUGAAAGAGUACAAAAAUAUGUUAAUCCGUGUCCAGAAAUUUCAUGGAAUAGAGAAAUUCAAAACUCCAUUUUGUAUCGCAGAAAUGAAUGUGUACCUGGACAACAGAAGGCGAUAUGAAGGUGUAUUUGAAAGAAGAUCAUUCGGUGGGGAGAUUGAGGCAGGGGAUGUAGAACAAUAUUUUAAAGAAUGUGAUCUGUUUCCAUCUCAAGUUGAGAUAGAGGAGGCUAGAGAAAUGGUCUGUAGAAAACCAGGUGAAGUUUUGAACAGUGAGAAAGGAAUCAGUAAGAAAGAGAUCUUAGAUAUGUUGUAUUAUAUAUAUGUUCCUAAGGCAACCGGACUGGCGCUGAACCGUAAAUCAACUUGGAUGAACCCCAUAAUAGAUGGAGUGGAAGCAAAAAAAUUGAUAGGUAGUCACCUUGUAGAAGAUGCCCCUCUUCAGAAAUGUGCCGACUUGGUUAUUGAAGCUCGUAGGGAGGAGAGACAGAGAGAAAUGGAAAGAAAGAAAAUGAAGGAAAAUGAAACAAAUGAAUAGCAUCAUAAUCUGUAUAAUGUCUGAAUAUAUGAGGCUUAUUUCCCGCCUCCUAACUACGGUUUUUGUUGGUACUGUUAGGGCUAUAGGUAUCCCAGUACCCCCUGGUUCCCCUAGGGCUGCAUAUACCUCUGACACGACAAGUACGUCUAGCUGGGAUGUUUGUUGGUAUCUCUAGGGCUACAAGUACAUCUAGCUAAGAUGCUAGUUGGUAGACCUAGGACAACAAAGUACGCCACGGCCAGCUAGCAUGUUUGUUGGUACCACUAUAGCCUAUAAAUACAAAUCACGUUCCUCGGGCGUGAUAUACGGAUGUGAUAGUAUCCAUUAUCAUCCAUAUAUCACGUCCAAACGGGCAGAGACAGAUUUGUCGGACUAGUACCACUAGGGCUACACAAACCCCUUAGCUGACAUGGGCGUUUGGUGUCCCCAUGGGUAAAAGCACCCGGAAAUAGGAACUAGUUCAAGCCUACUAGUGCUUCUGUGAUAACUUUUCUUUUUUCUACUACAUGUAUUUAUUAUUUUUUGUGUAAAAUUGUAUUUUUUAAGAGUUUUAAAGCUUUGAUUUAUCUUGCCAAAUAACGUUUGCCAGACUGUAUCAUAUUUGAUAUACGACAUAUCACCUUAUUACAUAUCGGUUUAUAUAGAUUUUGUUAAUUAAAUUAAGCUUAUAUAUAAAAUUAUUUCUU